GGCGCUAAAACUGAUUAACAUACUUGAUGUUGAAUUGUGCUCUCAAAAAAAUAAUUAAUUACUAAAAAAUAAUUUAGAAUUAACUAAAAUAUAAUGACUUCAACAUUAAGUGAAUUUCCUGAACUAUUGAAAGUUUAUUAUCGCCGAUUAUUUCCAUUCGAUACAUACUUUGACUGGUUAAAUUAUGAACAUGAAGGAGAAAAACAACCAUUUGAAAAACGUGAAUUUUCAUUCACAUUACCCGGUGAUAUUUACAUAAGAUAUAAUACUUUUCAAACUAAAGAAGAAUUGGUUACGGAAAUUCAACGUGAAUUACCGAUUAAAAUUGAUCUUGGAGCUGAAUAUAAUAUUCGACCAAAUCGAUUUAAUAGUCGUAACAAUGAUGAUUUACGACCUGUUAGACGGGAAGUAGUUUUUGAUAUAGAUAUGACGGAUUAUGAUACAGUUCGUAAAUGUUGUAAAGGAGGUGAUAUUUGUGCAAAAUGUUGGAAGUUCAUGGAAAUAGCUGUGAAAAUCAUUGAUACUACUUUAAGAGAGGAUUUUAAUUAUCAUCAUUUAUUAUGGGUUUAUUCUGGACGCCGUGGAGUCCAUUGUUGGGUUUGUGAUCAGGAUGCUAGACGUUCAGUAAAUCGAGCACGAAAAGGAAUGGCUGAGUAUUUUAGUAUUAUCCCUAAAAACAAGAAAAACAAAAAUCUUUAUAGGCGUUCCAAAUUACACAAUUUUAUCCUUCGAUCCAUAAAUUUAAUCGAUACAUAUUGGGUAGAUUUAUGCUUAAAAGACCAAGAUAUCUUGGGGACACCAGAAGAUAUAACCGAGUUUUUAAAACAUAUUGGAGACGACAAAUUUGCUGGUGAUUUAGAAAAAGAAUUUGCGAAACAUGAUAAUUCUGUGGAUCGUUGGAAUGCAUUUUCAAGCCUUGUUGAUUACUAUUCACAAAAGGGAAUGCUAAAAUUUUAUAUGCAACAUAUACGAGAAGAAAUGAAAAUUUUCUAUGCAUUUCCACGUAUUGAUGAGAAUGUAUCGAAAACAUUAAAACAUUUACUAAAAUCACCAUUUUGUGUACAUCCAAAAACAGGAAAAGUUUGUGUACCAUUUAAUCCAAAAGUUGUGGAAAAAUUUAAUCCAUUUACAGUACCUACUUUACGGGUACUUUUAGAUGAAGUGAAUCAAUUCGAUACAGCUCCAGAUGAUCCAUCUGUACCUAGUUUUAGUAUCACAUCAGCCAAAGAUAAUCGUAAAACCAGUUUGAUUAAAGCUCUCCUUACUUUUGAACAGUUUGUAGCACGACUUCAACGAUUAAAGGGAAUGCCUCCAGAUGAUUACCGAGAAGAAUAAAAUAUUUUGAAAAUUCCAAUC